AUGUCUUACACUACCAGACAAAUCGGUGCCAAGAACACCUUGGACUACAAAGUUUUCAUCGAAAAGGAUGGCAAGCCAGUGUCUGCCUUCCACGACAUCCCAUUGUACGCUGACGAAGCCAAUGGUAUCUUCAACAUGGUUGUCGAAAUCCCACGUUGGACCAACGCCAAGUUGGAAAUCACCAAGGAGGAGAAGUUGAACCCAAUCAUCCAAGACACCAAGAAGGGUAAGCUAAGAUUUGUGAGAAACUGUUUCCCACACCACGGUUACAUCCACAACUACGGUGCUUUCCCACAAACCUGGGAAGACCCUAACGAGUCCCACCCAGAAACCAAGGCUGUUGGUGACAACGAUCCAUUGGAUGUGUUGGAAAUCGGUGAACAAGUCGCAUACACUGGUCAAGUGAAGCAAGUCAAGGUUCUUGGUGUGAUGGCUUUGUUGGACGAAGGUGAGACCGACUGGAAGGUGAUUGUGAUCGACAUCAACGAUCCAUUGGCUCCAAAGUUGAACGACAUUGAGGAUGUCGAGAAGCACUUGCCAGGUUUGCUAAGAGCCACUAACGAAUGGUUCAGAAUCUACAAGAUUCCAGACGGUAAGCCAGAAAACCAAUUUGCCUUCUCUGGUGAAGCCAAGAACAAGAAGUACGCUCUAGAAGUGAUCAGGGAGUGUAACGAAGCUUGGAAGAAGUUGAUUUCCGGUAAGUCUGCUGACGCUAAGAAGAUCGAUUUGACCAACACCACGUUGGUCGACACUGCCACUUACUCUGCCGAAGCUGCUGCUGCUGUUCCACCAGCACACGUCUUGCCAGACGAGCCAAUCGACAAGUCCAUUGACAAGUGGUUCUUCAUCUCCGGUUCUGCUUGA